UGAACAAUUAGAGGGAACAUUGCUCAGGUGUGAUUCACUACAAUAGGGCCCCACAGCACACUGGAUUCCAGUUAAUUGAAAUACCACAACACUGGAUAUUGUUCAGAUAAGUUACAUUUAAGAACUUGCACACAAAGCAACACUGGAGGUGACUAUGACAUGCGGAGAGGUGCGGGGGUCUUAAACAGUGGCAUUUUUGUGUGUGGAUACAGAGAAGGUUCGGUGUGAUUUACCCUGGAUAACCUUAUCUUAAUGUAAACGGCGCCUAAGUUGCAAGGCAGUAUCGCCGAAAGGAAGAGGGUGAGUGUGGGUGGAGCAUGAUGCAAUGGACAGAAGCAGAGACAGGAAGGAGGUGGGGGGUGUUUAAGGUGUGAGAGAGUGCAAGGACGUCCAGCUAUUGAUGGGGAACAAGGAGAGGGGUGGAAUGAGGCAGCACGUAGGCGAGCCAGGAAGGGAGGGGUGUGUGUGUGGGCUGAGACUCGGCUGAAUGAGGAAGCAGCAGAGCCAUUUUCGCUCUUCAGAAACUACACGCCGGUCUGCCUGUGCUAGGCAGCGCGCCACCCAGGGGAUAGAAGUCCUCCUGGAUUCACACCGGGAUCCUCUCUCGCUCGCCUAGCGUACCUCCUGCUCUGGCUGCCGGAUUUCAUUUUCAUUUGGGGAGGCCCUCGAAGAGGACACAAUGGAGCGAAGAGCCUUUGGCAACUGGGCCGUUGUACUACUGAGAGGGGGAUGGGGUAGAGAGAAGACCGGCGCACACAGCUAACACAGCCUGCCUGGCUGCCGGCUUCCGUGGCCUCUUCUCCUCUCCUGAACCCGCUCUUCCCGUCUCCCGGGCUAUUUCUUUUCUUUUCCUGGAAAGGCCGCCCCCUCUAAAUCCACCAGGACUACGCAAUGGGUUCACUCAUCAUGUUCUGUGGGAUUUUAGGACACACACCAGAGCCACAGGCUUAAAUCUGCGCUCUGGAUGACAGAAAAGGAAAAGCAAACUUUCCUUAAAUCUUUUUUUCUGCCCGCCUCCCUUUGGAAUUGUGGCUUGUUUCUGUGCCGUGGAGUUGAUUUAAAUGGAUUACAAGAUGCAUGCCAAGUCUAAUGAUUUGCUGGAUUUCCAAAAACUGGAUGCCCUUCUGGAAAAGAUUGCACAUUCAGUCUCUGUGAAAAGAGAGUCCAGCGAAGAGUGCAAUGGGAUCAGUGGUGCUCUGUCAGUGGAGUCUGUGCCGGGGCCAAGAUUGAACUGGUGUACUGCCAACACCGCUCCCCCUGCCCUCGCUCCAGCCCCCGCUCCGGGGCCAGAGCCCAUGCCCAACCCCGUCAGGAUGGGGGACGGCCUGGACGCAGCGCAGAUGUCGGGCGGCAGCAGCAGCAGCAGCAGCAGCAGUAGCAGCGGCGGCGGCGGCGGCCAGGGGCAGCCCCAGACAGGCGGCAACCCUCCGCCCCCGGAAUACAUCAACCCUGACAGGCCCAAGCGCCAGACCAAUCAGCUGCACUACCUGCUCAAGGUGGGGUUUAAGGCCCUGUGGAAACACCAGUUUGCCUGGCCCUUCCAAGCACCAGUGGAUGCUGUCAAACUCGGUCUGCCUGACUACUACACAAUAAUAAAAUAUCCUAUGGACAUGGGAACAAUCAAGAAAAGGCUUGAAAACAGCUACUACUGCAACGCCCAAGAAUGUAUUCAAGACUUCAACAAGAUGUUUACCAACUGCUACAUGUACAAUAAGCCUUCAGAUGACAUAGUCCUAAUGGCUAAAGCUCUGGAAAAGGCUUUCCUCCAAAAGGUUGCCGAAAUGCCUCAGGAAGAAGUUGAGAUUCCAGUCAUGACAGGGAAGGGCAGGGGCCGAGGUCGAAGAGAUGGCGGUCUCAGCUUAAAACCAGGGGCUAUAAUUGAUCCUUCGUCCACAACUCCUCAAACACGGGGCCUGUCGAACAUCUCAGCAGCACCUCAGAUCAGAGGACCGGUGCCGGGCCCGCCUUCACUACCUCCUCAGCCUUUGAUGCAGGCCCUGCCUCCCCACGUCCCCCCAACGAUAGCAAGCCACACACCGCAGCUUGGAGCUCCCUACUCUUUGGGCCAAUUGGAUUGCACUCUUCAAAUUCCCAUGAUGACCUCCGUGCCUCCCCCUGCUCAGACCUCCCUUCCCCCAACGUCCAUCCAGAGCACUGCCCCCCUGCUGCAAAACCCUAUCACCAUGACCAAACAAAGAAAGAGCCAGAAACGAAAAGCAGACACUACAACACCGACAGCUAAUGACCAGCUCAAUGAGUCUUCCCCAGCGGAGUCCAAGUCGGGUAAGACUCUUCCCCGGCGGGAGAGCGCCCGCCCCACCAAAGUCAUCAAGAAGGAGGCGCCAGACUCGCAGCACCAAGUAGCGAUGGGGAUGGGACAAAGUGGCUCGAGUAGCGGCCAAAGCCCCGUCCCGCAAGAUCAGAUGGGAUACUGUCUGAGCCUGGUCAGGGAGAUGUUGUCCAAGAAACACAUGACGUACGCCUGGCCCUUCUACAAGCCCGUGGACGUGGCCGCGCUGGGACUGCACGAUUAUCACGACAUCAUCAAACAUCCCAUGGACCUAAGCACCAUUAAGGCCAAGCUGGAGAACAGGCAAUGCCGCGAUCCACAGGAGUUUGCUGCUGAUGUGCGGCUAAUGUUUUCCAAUUGCUACAAGUAUAAUCCACCAGACCAUGAGGUGGUGGCUAUGGCACGCAAGCUACAGGAUGUGUUUGAGAUGCGCUUCGCCAAGAUGCCUGACGAGCCAGAGAUCAAGCCUCUUGCCUCUGUCCCCGCUCCCCCGCUUCACCACCCUGCCCCGGUCAAACCCCAGCCUCCGUUGGCCCACGUCGCCUCCUCCUCCGACAGCUCCAGUGACUCCUCCUCCGAGUCCGAAUCGUCGACGGACGACUCGGAAGAGGAGCGAGCUCAGAGGCUGGCGGAGCUCCAGGAGCAGCUGAAGGCUGUCCACGAGCAGCUGGCCGCCCUGUCGCAGCCUCAGGCCAGCAAACCAAAGAGAAAAGAGAAAGAAAAGAAAGAGAAGAAGAAAGACAAACACAAGAAGAAAGUGGGCAUCCUUGACGAGAUCCAGGAUGCGAUCCCUGUUUCGCAGUUGUCCAAAAGGUCCAAGUCCAGUACCAACAAUAAGGAGCUUCUUAAGAAGAAAUCCAGUAAAAAAGAGGGCAUGAAAAACAGCCAACCCUCCAACCUGCCACCUGUUCUUAGCCUAGAGGAUGAUCUGGCAACCCUGGCUUCAGGGGAAAAGUGCAAGCCUAUGACGUACGAAGAGAAGAGGCAGCUCAGCCUGGACAUCAACAAGCUUCCCGGUGACAAACUCGGCCGUGUGGUGCAUAUCAUCCAGUCCAGAGAGCCCUCGCUCAAGAACUCCAACCCCGACGAGAUCGAGAUUGACUUUGAAACGCUCAAGCCGUCGACGCUGCGGGAGCUGGAGAGAUACGUGUCCACGUGUCUUCGGAAGAAGAAGAAGGGUGGAGCGGAAAAGUCUUUGGAAUCCAUGGCUUCCACCAAAAAGAUUGGAUCUUCUUCAGAUAGCAGCGGCUCCAGCUCCGAGAGCGAAACAGAGGCUCCAGGGAUUGUAAAGCAGCAAAAGAAGAAGGCCCAGUCUGUUAAGGAGAAGAAGACGCAUUCUCACAUGCAGGGUGCUCCAGCUCUGCCUGUGCUUCAUCCCCAAGCUGCAGCUUUUCAGUCUCAGAUUAGGCAGCAUCAACCACCGCCUGUGGACUAUAUGGCCCCGCCCGUCACUGCCCUGGAGUCUUCCCAGACUUUGGAAAACAGCUUUGAUUCUCUGCCUUCUUUUGGACAGCCCUUAAUGCAUCUUUCCCACCACACGGGCAACUCCGCAUCCCCGGCGCCUCCUCAGCUCAGCGCUAACCCUGCUGGGCCAGUGUCACCGGACACACAUCCCUUUCUCAACCAACAUCCUAUUCUGCCAUCUCCAGCCUUGCACAGUUCCCUGCCUCAGCAGCCCUCUCGACCCAGUCACAAGGCAGCACCUCUUCACCCCAAAGCCCCUCAGCAGCAAGCAGCACCUCCCCAGCAGCAGCCAGUGUUGCAGCAGCAGCCAACAUUGCAGCAGCAGCAGCAGCAGCAGCAGCCCUCGUUGCAGCAACAUCAGCAGCUCCAGCCCCAGUCGGCAUCUGCACCGCAUCAGCUCCCCAUGCAGAUCCUGCACCCUCCUCAGCCCAUGCACCAGAGGCCCAUGUCCCCGCCGACACUCACGCCCCAGGGCUUGUUGUCUUCCCAGCCUCCCCAGAUGCUGCUGGAGGACGACGAAGACUCGGGAUCCGCAACGCCUAUGAACCAAGUGCAAUUGUACCUGCAGCAGUUCCAGCAAGCCCGUCAGCCCAUGCAGGCGCUCCAGGCGCAGGCUCGUCAGCAGCAGCAGCAGCAGCAGCAGACAGGACAGUCGUCUCUGCUGCAGUCAGUCCAGGCCCCGCCUCUCCUCUCUUCCCAAAAUGCACUGCCCACUCCUCAGCUUCCAAUCCAGAUGCAGGCUCCGGUAGCCCCCCCUCAGCAGCUGUCCCUCCACCAGGGCCAGCGCCACCUGCCACAUAGUCAGCCUCAGCAGCACCCGCAACAACAGCAGCUGAGCUACCAGCAGGUUCCCGCGCUCAUCGGUCAGCCUCAGGGGCCGCCGCACAAGGUGGCCAUGCCCAGCAGCAAAGCACAGCAGAUCCUGCAGCAGCAGCCCCCAGAGCAGCUGUCCCCUCACCCGGCCAAGCCUGACCCUUUCCUCACAGGUCACAUGAGGGAUAACCCGUCUCCGCUCAUGAUGCAUUCCCCGCAACUUCCUCAGUACCCUCCAGUGUCCCGCAAGUCUCCCCCUCACCAUAUGCAGCCCAAGAAACAAAGGGCUCCUGGGAGCCAAGGAGGACUCAAAGAGGACAAGCCUCCUCCGUCAGCGGUGAUUAGAGGAGAGCCAUUCAACCCCGCCUUGAGGCCAGAGCAUCUAAAGCAUCCCGACAGCAAGCCGGCUCUCAUUCAGCAGAGUAAGCAACAAAGACAUGAUGUGAAGUCAACGGACAGCUCUCGUCCCGUCAUCCGCUCCUCUGAGCCCAGCGGACCACAGCCCUCCCUGCAAGAGAAGGAGAAGUUCAAGCAGGAAUCUAAGGCGCCCGUCGCACCCAAAAAGGAUGUGAAACUGAAGAACAUGGGCUCAUGGGCCAGUCUGGCCCAAAAGUCCACGUCCACGCCCUUGUCGGCCGUCAAGUCAUCGAGCGACAGCUUCGAGCAGUUCCGGCGAGCCGCUCGCGAGAAGGAGGAGCGGGAGAAGGCCCUCAAGGCACAAGUCGAGCAGGCGGAAAAGGAGAGGCUACGUCGCGAGCAGGACAAACUUCGAGGUCGCGAUGACGAGGAGAUGUUGGAGCCCAGCAGAAGAGUGCACGAGGAGCCGCGCAGGCGUGUGGAGCAGCAGCAGCAUCAUCACCACCACCAACAGGCACAGCAGCAGCAGCAGCAGCACAUCCAGGUUCCCCCACAACAACCCCCACAGCAGCCAGACCCUCAGCCAGCCGUCAUCCAGCCUCCCCCGCAGCCCCCAACACCGCCGCAGCCCGCCGUACAGAGUCCACUCGACCAGCAGAGGGAGCUAGCGAGGCGACGGGAGCAGGAGAGGCGGCGGCGGGAAGCGAUGACAGCAACGAUCGACAUGAACUUCCAAAGUGACUUAAUGGCCAUUUUUGAGGAGAACCUCUUUUGAGAGGAAGACGAAUGGAAACCUAACUGCAAAAAAAAAAAAAAAAAAAAAAAAAAAAAGGACCCCCGCAUACUUGCAAAAACAGAACUUCUCAAGGGGGACGAUGACAU